UUCAGUGUCACAAGUUUAAUCAUGGACCCCCAUACAAGUGCCCAAGACGUGAUUCGAUGUGACCUGUGUAAGACGGCUGUGGUACAGAUGCACUGUGAUACAUGUCUUGUCAAUCCGUGUAAGGCCUGUGUUGGAGAACACAUUUCUGCUGAUCUCUCGAAACCUCAUAAAAUUGUUAACUUUAAGGACAGAAAAUCUACCCUCCUCUACCCUGGAUGUAAAAGUCAUAACAAAGAACAAUGUACAAUGUACUGUAUUCAAAGUGACAUUCCUGUAUGCCCUAAGUGCAUUACGUCUGAUCAACAUCUAGGUCAUAAAAUAUCAGAAAUUCUGAAAGUUGUGGAUGAAAAAAAGAAUAUAGUCAUAAAAGAACGAAAUGAAUUAAAUGAGACAAUUUAUCCAAUCUACCAGGACAUUGCCUCUGAUGUACAAAACAGAGUGAGUCAGUUACAAAAGGAAUAUGAAGAUCUCUCAACAGCCAUAACAAAACAUGGAGAGGACUUGCACAGAGAAAUUGACAAUCUUGUCAAGAAACUUAAUGCUGCAGUUGAUGAGAUGAAAAACACACAGUUAUUAACUCUACAGAAACAUCUGGAUGAAAUAAACAAGAAAAUUUCUGACAUCAAGGAUGAAAUCAAUUCAAUUGGAAUUGUUAUAAAGUCAAUUGACAUUUCAAAACUGUUUAGUGUCACAUCAAAAGUACACAUAUACAGAAAUCUUCCACAAAAAAUAGUACCAUCUUUACCUAAAUUCAUUCCAAGAAAAAUCCAAGGAGAAGAACUUAGUAAAUUGUUUGGAGCCUUGUCUCCAAGUUCAUUAAUAUCAGAAGAAAACAGAUACAGCAUGAAGACAUCUCAGAAAUCACAAGAAGCUGAAUCCUCUCCUCCAGUCAAACAGCUGCUUGAUGAACCAGAGAUUGUUACUACCAUAGACACUGGGUAUGUAUACCUUUACAAUGUGGCCUGUCUGAGUGAUGAAGAAAUCUGGACAAGUGGAAUUGACUGCACUAUGAAACUCUUAAGCAUCAGUGAGGGAUCACUGCUCAAGUCAAUAAGAACCAAGUCAAAAAGGUGGCCAUAUGACAUGGCAGUGACAAAAAUGGGAAAUCUGGUUUAUACUGAUUAUGAUGAUAGAACUGUGAACAUUGCAAAGAAUGAUAACAUAGAGGAGGUGAUCAGACUACAGAACUGGAGACCACGUGGUGUCUGUCGUACGUUCUCUGGUGACCUCCUGGUUAUCAUGAACAGUGAUGAUGACGAGCAUUCGAAAGUUGUCCGUUACUUUGGCUCCACAGAGAAACAAACCAUUCAGUUUGAUGAUAAAGGUAAUCCUCUCUUUUCGUCUGGUAGUUACAAGAAAUACCUAACUGAGAACAAGAACCUGGAUAUCUGUGUGUCUGACGGGGGAGCUGGAGCAGUAGUGGUGGUUAAUCAGGCCGGGAAACUGAGAUUCAGGUACACUGGACAUACUCCUGCUCCGAAGAACAAAUCAUUCAAUCCAAAAGGAAUCACCUCAGACAGUCAGAGUCACAUCCUUACAGCUGAUGUUAACAAUGACUUUAUCCACAUCAUAGACCAGAAUGGACAGUUCCUCUGUUACAUAUACUGUGGACUGAGUGGACCCCAUGGACUGUGUACAGAUACAAAUGACAAUCUGUUUGUUGCUCAAUGGAGAAACAAACAAGUGAAGAAAAUCAAAUAUCUGCAGUGAAAUACAACA